CUACUCCUGCUCGUCUUCAGUGGAUUUCUUCAGCAUUUAUCUCGCAUAGCACCUGGGACGCUUGGGGAUAAUUUGAAGGCUUUACGCUUCAUUGAUAGUAGCAGGCAGAUUACCAGAGAUGCCCCCCUCUACCACCCUCAACCAUCUCCCAAAUGAACUCCUACUUCUCAUUUUUCAAGACCUUGACACCUCCAGCCUCAUUGCCGUUUCUUGCUUGUGUAAAAGAAUCAAUUCCCUAGCACUUGCGCAAAUCCUUUUCCCGCAUAAUACGUAUUUUUCUGGACUAUCGUCCAUCAUUAUGCGGUUUGGGAGCUCCGGUCUGUCAUUCAGCAGCAUCCCUGCUCUCCGGCUUGCGUUCUCGAUGAAAGAUCAUGUAGAUUUAUUCUCCUGCCAAUUCUCGCUGGGAGAGUGUGCCAAGGAGAUGGAGCAGGUAACGAGGCUUUUCAAGACGGAGAGAGAGCUGCACUCUGUAUUUUUACACUUUCCUGGGUGGCCAACGCUCUUCCAGCCACCAGCCGCAUAUUCCCCCAUUGAAUGUGGUGCGGCGAUCUCUGGCCUCCUUCGUCACUUACACAGCGUGCAGUGCCAUUCAUUCGACAUCAACAACGCACCCCAAGUCGAGUAUGCCGAAGGUGCCAAGUUCGAUGGCCCCAUCGUCAACACGCUCAAAGAUAUCUCUAUCUCCCGCGCUCAUUUCAUGUCCGCAGACUUUUUCCGUGACUGGACCAUCAGCACGAUGAAUCUGUCACCCCUCACAGAAGUCUCGCUGGUAAACGUUGACGUUCGCGCAUUGCUGCCCUCCCUCUUCCUUCCAUCCUUGCAAAAACUUGUCAUUCGGUGUCCCUGAUCUUCAUCUCACUGAUAUCACUCCCUUUUUAUCCCGCCAUCCUACCAUCAACAAUCUUAUGCUCAGAGUGACCUGCGACGAUGCCUCCCUUCCCCCGGGUUCCCUUCCUGAGCUAAAAUCUCUCAGCUCGUCGGCAGAUUGUCUGUCUCAAUUACUAUCUUCGCUCGAUUCCAUGCUCCAGAUUCACAGCGUGACCUGCUAUGGUUCGGCCAGCCUGUUCCCUCUCACACUGCCGCCCCCGAGUACUGUGCAGACACUUUUCCGGAACAUCGCCCUCCAUGGCACUAUAACCACUCUCGAUGUUCCCCUCUUGGAUUUGAACACCUCGGAGGAGUGGCUAAGUGUAACUCCAAGAUAU